AUGGGUGUGCUUCGGCUUAACCCUGCUAUGCGUCAUGGAAUCUCAACCCUUUACAACAUUCAGAAAUUCGGAGACGAUGAAUUGCAGUUACUUUUUUCGGCAUUGUCUUCAAUGCCAAUGCUAGUGAAGUUAUACGUCGUAUAUACGAUAGAGUUGGAGAGUAACGAAGCUCCUUUUGAUAACCAUGGUGGUCUUAAGUGGCCGGCAGGGACAGGAACAUGGGGAUCUUUUAAUGGCGAGCUAGCUUAG